CUAACGUCAAUUUAGAACUAAGAGUGUAAUAAAAUUUGUUUUCAAGGCAAAAUCAACAAUUCUCUGCCAUAUUUGUUGUUUCUUUUACCUAUCUAGCAUCUACACGUUGAAUGUUCUACCGGGAAUCCGAAGUAUUUACCCGUAAACAUACCUUUCGAAUUGAAACACCAAUGAUUUGACAACGAUGUCCGCGAGCGCUCUUGAGGGCGAAGACCUAGAUAACGUACGAUUAGUGCGUAUGGAGGAUGUCCAGCCGUCGCGCGAAGGGCGCAUUGAAAUAUUUGAAACUUGUAUUAUCGAUCAUAUAGAGUACGAUAACGAAUGCGUGAUAGGAGAUGAUCAGACCAACGUUGGCGGUAUAGUGUCAAUCCAAACUGAUGAAACAGAACAGAGCGCUUCUGAGUUUAUCGUUCCCGAAAUACUAGAAGUUCCAGUUGAAAACGAAAAACUAGAUGUAAUACCUCACACACCAGAUCGAUGGCCGACUCUCGAAAUUCUACCCGGAGGUGUCAUAAAACCAGCUGAUAAAGCUGACAAUCAGAACUCACGCAAAUCGAGAGUAACGUUAAAUAGUGAAAUGAUCUAUGCAUGUGCUAAAUGUUCACAGACAUUCAAGUUUCUUUAUUGCUUGGUUAAACAUGUAAGGUGGCAUGAAAAUGAACAGAAAGUCAAAAAGUCCAAUAUAGCUGAUCUAAUUUUGUCAAAGAACAGGAAAAAACAAGAUAAACAGGCCAACCUGAAUACGGGAACCAAGAAAGUUGUGAUUACAAAAAUGGUGACGAAACGGAAAAAGGCCAAUCAGAGAACAAAAAGACUGAAAACUUAGUUUUUAAAGUUCUAAGCUGUUAGUUUAGUUAAUAUAAGACCAUACUUGGAAGUUCCAAUAAUUCCCAUUAAACACUCAAAAACUGUAUCCAAAUUCACAUAUACAUAUAUAGAUCGCUUACUAACAAUCAGUCACCUUUUUGUCAUCUGGAAGUCACAUCUCUGGGCCUGAUUUCUGUAAAGUUGUAGACACAAUCAUUUCCUUAUCAGUAACAUAAGUUAUCAUAUAACAUUAGCAUUAUGUAAUGCUAAAUAAUAUACCAAUCCAGACAGGUUCACAUAAAUAAACAUAAAAAUCAUUAGGUUUUUUGUUCAUAUCAAUUUUUUAAAUCAUGAUCUAUUUAUUUUCUUUAAAGUCAGUUGUUUUUCGUUACUCAUAUUUCAUCACGUUGCACACUUAUUUUUCAAUAUAGAAUGGUGCUUUCACUACUUAACGAGCAAUAAAUAACAAAAACUGCAUCAG